UGUAAACAGGCGUCUGGAUCCAGAGUCGGUGCGCGAUUCGUGCCUGAGUCCAGGGGAGGAGCACUGUAGCCUGCGCACCCACCGACACCACCUCGCACCUACAAGCUCAUCAGGCGGCGGAUGAGUGUCGCGUUCAAACGCACACAAAUGAGAUCAUCACGCCCCGGUCGUAUGCGCGCGCACGCGUUCGCGUAGCGUGGGAAACGACAGCAGUCGUCAUUUGAGAGUAUCUGUGGGCAGGCUACCGCCUGGGCUCCGGCGCCAGGAAAGCGCGUCCACCCUUACCAAAAAUGCCCCGGAAGUGCCUCCGCUUUAGGUAAUGAUGGCCUUAGCGCUUGGUAAAAGGGAGGCGGGGCUGCGCCUGCGCUCUAAGUUCGGCGGGGAAGAUGGCGGAUGACAAGGAUUCUCUGCCCAAGCUUAAGGACCUGGCGUUUCUCAAGAACCAGCUGGAGCGCCUGCAGCAGCGUGUGGAAGACGAAGUCAGUAGUGGUGUGGGACAGGAUGGUUCACUCUUGUCCUCCCCAUUCCUCAAAGGCUUCCUGGCCGGCUAUGUGGUGGCCAAACUGAGGGCAUCCGCAGUAUUGGGCUUUGCUGUGGGCACCUGCACCGGCAUCUACGCGGCUCAGGCAUAUGCCGUGCCAAAUGUGGAGAAGACAUUGAGGGACUAUCUGCGGUCACUGCGCAAGGGGCCUGGCUAGCUCUGGAUCCCACGGGGAGGCAGGAUGAGCAGCUGGGACCUGCAGGUGGACCUCUCGACCACAGACACUGUAUCUGGCUUCCCCAGCUGUCACCCAUUUGCUGUCUCCCAUUUUCUUGCCACCUUUGUCCUUGCUUCCUUUCCUGCAGAGGGUGCACAGUGGCUCAUAGCCACCACCCUGGACUCCUCCUUUCCUCCCUAACCCCAUGGGACUGAUCCCAAGACCGUGGCUUCUGGGGCCACCAGAACUCUUCCCACCCUGACUGUGGAGUUCACAGUUGACUGUGAUCCUUAGCAUUCUCUCUGGCCAUGUACCACGGCUCUUCUCUCCUGACAGCCAGCUCCAUAUUUUGAUUCUCUCCAAACAUAUCAUAAUCCUCACUGCCCCU